UCUACGGCUCUCUCUGGGGCACCAAAUAUCAACCAUUGGAUUCAUUCAUCUAUUAGAUGGAAAAUUGAAAAAAAAAAAAAAAGGCUUGAUUUUUUGGUUUCGGUAACUUCACCCCUCUCCUUCUGAUAUGUUGUUUGUCCCCACCUCCGCCGUGAAUCGACGCCUGAAACUUCCGUCCGAUUAAGUCUCAACGGACAACUACUUAAAAGCUGAAGAAAAUAUUAAUAUGACUUCAGCAUAAUUUGUUACAGACUUAUGAGCAAGUGGAAUUACAAUUACCUUUGGGGUUGUGGGUCUGAAUGCUAAGUAGUAAUUGGCUACAUAUUCCGAACUCAAUUUCUGAAUUUGAUAAUUUCUAGCUGUUAAGGGUUUAAAUGUAUUAUUAGUAGCAUCGGAGUUAACAGAAAUUGCUCUUGUUGUAUUUGAGAGAAUGGUGUCAGCUUUGAUCUUUCGCGGUUCGCGUAGGUUUCUCAAACCUAGUCUCCUUAACCCUUCCAUUUUCAAUCCCUUAAUUUCCUCUCAACAGUGUAUAGACCGAAACCCGGGUCCAACUCAUCCAGUCAGUCAAUUCAAGCCAUCCCAUUUUGGGAUAUAUAAUCUUGAAUUUUGUAAAAGUGUUGGGUCACUCUCAAAUUUCCAACUUGUUGUGCAUAUUUCUACGUCGCCUUCGAGAUUAGGACAAGGUAAGGAAAAUAAAGAUCAGAGUAGUAGCAAUUUGAGCAGUGGAGGGGGCGUCUCUUGGAUUGACUUGUACUUGCCUAGGUCGGUUCAGCCAUAUGCUCAGCUUGCUCGCCUCGAUAAACCAAUUGGAACGUGGCUGCUUCUAUGGCCGUGUGUAUGGUCAAUCACCUUGGCUGCACCCCCAGGGCUUCUUCCUGAUUUUAAAAUGUUAGCCCUGUUUGGAUGUGGGGCUUUGCUUUUGAGAGGUGCUGGGUGUACUAUUAACGAUCUCAUUGAUCGAGAUAUUGAUACAAAGGUAGAACGUACAAAAUUGAGACCUGUGGCAAGUGGUCUUUUGACACCAUUUCAAGGACUUUCUUUUCUUGGGUUUCAACUGCUUUUGGGUCUUGGUAUUCUUCUACAGCUUAAUAAUUAUAGUCGUGUUUUGGGCGCCUCAUCCUUGUUGCUCGUCUUCUCCUAUCCCCUCAUGAAGAGAUUCACAUUUUGGCCUCAAGCAUUUCUUGGGUUGACCUUUAAUUGGGGGGCUCUGCUAGGAUGGGCAGCAGUUAAAGGAAAUCUGGAUCCAUCUAUUGUACUUCCGCUUUAUGCCUCUGGAGUUUGUUGGACUCUUGUGUAUGAUACAAUAUAUGCACAUCAGGAUAAAGAAGAUGACCUGAAAGUGGGAGUUAAAUCAACAGCUUUACACUUCGGUGAUUCGACAAAGGAGUGGCUAACUGGGUUUGGGAUUGCAAGUGUUGGCAGUCUUGCUCUCAGUGGAUUUAAUGCUGAACUAGGCUGGCCAUAUUAUGCAUUUCUGGUAGCUGCAUCUGGACAUUUAGGCUGGCAAAUAUGGACUGUUGACCUAUCAUCGCGUUCUGAUUGCAAUAGAAAAUUUGUCUCAAAUAAGUGGUUUGGAGCUAUCAUAUUUGGUGGAAUCCUAGCUGGCAGACUUGUGUCAUAGAGGUCUAACUAAAUAACAUUGUCACCAACAAGAUUUCACUCAAUACAUCUGAAGGCUGUCUAGUUAAUCUGCAGAUGACGCUGUCAGCUCACAAAAUAAGACUUGAAAAGAAGUAGUCUAUUGUUUUAUGGCACAUGAAACCUGGCCAUUGGAGUUCCAUAAACGUGAAGGUAUGACCAAGAAAUAGAUUCUCAAGGAACCUUCUCAUUUGAAACUUUAAGUUUCGAGCUAACGAUUCACUAGUUUUAGUCAACUCAUGUAUAUCUAUCUAUAUGCACGAGGGACGGUGUUAGCCCAAUAAUGUUUGGACAAGAAAGCGUUAGGAAUCCAAAAUUUGUAUCGGACAGAAGAACACUUCUAUUGAGAAAAUAUGAAAAAAUAGGAGAAAAUCUCUACUCCAAAGUUUCCCUUUCUACACUAGUCACUACUAUAUUAAAAAAUUGUUUACAAUACUCAAUUUAUCUCUAAUUCAAGAUAAUCUUAACUGUCCCAUUAA